GUUUUCCAUACCGGACGGAGUCUCAAUAUUUCUACAUUGUUCAUGCAAUUUGUUGACGUUGAGAGACAAAAGCAGGACCCCCGAUCUCUUUUCUUAUUUUUGUUUCUCUCUUUUCCAUUGCUUUACUCUGCCCAAGAUGAGCGGUCCUGAUAUCAGCAAUAAUAACUAUUACCCCCCACCGCCGGUUCAGAACCAUUACUCUCAACAGACAGCUUAUCCACCUCCUGCUCAACCCUACACGGCUGUUCCACCUCAGUACAACUCCAAUCAGCAAACCUAUGAUCCAGAGGCUGCAACGUAUGGUCACUAUGGACUGCCUCCACAGCAAGUGGCGCCCAUGGCCAGUGGUAGCGAUGCAAAGGUUCAGCCGUCCAGUGGAUUCCAAGACGUAUGGGCAACCAUAGCUUGGCUGUGUAAUAUGGGAGCCUUCAUUGGCCUGUCCGUCGUCGGCUUAAGAGCAUACAGUAGAAGCAGCGGGUCGUAUGGAGGCAUUCCUUCGCAAACACCAUCUUCAGGAAUUACGUUCGACACAACAGCGUUUUUCAUCUUUGGUUUGGCUAUUGUCAUUGGUUUCGGUCUCAGCUUAUUCUACUUUUUGCUGGCCAACAAGUUCCCUAGACCGCUCAUCAAGGUCACCUUUAUCUUGAGCAUCCUCUUCUAUUUUGGUGUCACAUUUUACUAUUUUGCCGUACACUAUUAUUCUGCUGCCAUUGUGUUCUUGAUCUUCUCAUGCUUAUAUGCCUUCAUGUGGUUUGCUUGGAAGAGUCGUAUUCCUUUUGCGACAGUCAUGUUGGAAACCAUCACGUCAAUUACGUCAAAAUACCCUAGCACAAUUUUCGUUGGUAUUAUUACCUUGAUCGUGCAGACUGCAUAUUCUAUCUGGUUUUCUUUGGUGGUUAUCGGCGUCUAUGAAGCUUACUAUAGUAGUAGUGGUGGCAAUAGUGCCUUGACAGGUAUCAUGGUGUUCCUUGUUUUCAGCUUUUACUGGACCUCUCAAGUGAUCUCGUAUGUCUGUCAUGUGACGAUCUCCGGUAUAUUUGCUUCUGUCUAUUUCUUGGGGGAUUCGGCAAAAAGCCCCGCUUGGGGAAGUGCUAAGCGUGCUUUGACCACUAGCUUUGGUAGUAUCUGCUUUGGCGCCCUUCUCAUGGCCUUUAUGAACCUGAUCCGUGCUAUGAUUGCUAUUGCUCGUACAGAGUCGGACAAUGUCUGUUGUACUAUCAUUCUUUGCUUCGUACAAUGUAUUGUCAACUGUAUACAAGGUGCCAUGGAAUGGUUCAACUACUACGCAUUCAGCGGCGUGGCCAUUUAUGGACGAAGCUUCAUAGAAUCUGCCAAGCAUACAUGGCGAAUGAUUACAGACAGAGGUGUGGAAGCGUUGAUUAAUGACAGUUUGAUCGGCAACGUUUUGUUUAUGGGCGGGUUGCUCGUUGGUGUCAUCACGUCGCUGUUUGGAUACAUCUACAUGGCGGUUGCCCGGCCGGUCUUUAACCAGUAUGGCACAGCAACGCCUAUUGUUGUCAUGGUAUGCUUCAUCAUUGGUCUCUCCAUGUUUUCGUCCAUCGCCACUGUCAUCACCAGCGGCGUGGCUACCACCUUUGUCUGUCUUGCUGAGGACCCAGAUGCUCUGCGAAGAACAAAGCCAGAACUAUAUGAGAGAAUUCGUCAAACAUGGCCACGUGUCGUUCAGAGCGUAUAGACACGGAAAAGCCGUACAUAGGACUCUACCGCAUCAUGUCAUCCGUUUUUCCUGGUCUCCUUUGUGCUAUUGUUUCAUAGGCAUCGAUGUACACUCUUUUUGUUAUUUCGAAUUCAAAACUCCAUGUUACUUCUAAAGUCGAAUCCAUUUUAUUUUAUAAUUUUCGUUCACCCCCAUAAUAAAUGAUUCAUAACUAGGGCUACCACUAUUAAACAAGGCGGUGAAAAGCAAA